AUGAAUUCUAAUAUAAUAGUAUUUAUACUAUUAUAAAUUCCUUUUUUGGUUAAUUGCCUUAUUUAUGAGCCAGAUUAACUUAUUUUUACAUCAGCCUAUGAUGAAGAUUAAUUUAAAGAUGUUUGGGAUAUAAGUCUAAAUAGAAAUUAAGACUUUGAUGAUGUUUAAACUUAUGCUUAUGGAUUCUGGUUAAAAUACUCAUUUGUAUAUCCAAAAUAGUUGGAAUAAUAAAAAGAUUGGCAUUCAAUAAGUAGAUUAACUACUCGAUAGAAUCAUACUGAUUAUUAAAGUCCCUUAGAUAGAACUUUGUCAAUCUGGUUGAGUAAAGAUUUUUAUCAUUUCACUACUUACACUACUGAAUACCCAGAGAAGUUUUAUAAUGCUAAAUAUGAAAAAGAAUAAUUAGAUGGCAAAUGGGCUUUUAUUUACUUUGGAUAUUCUUAUUAAGAAUGUAUAGAAAUAUAAUAAACUAGUUUUGGCUAGAGGAUACUUAUUGUUAGAAGAUGAUAAAUUUGAAGAAGCACUAAUUCCAGCUAAACAUUAUAGAUUGGAUUUCUUAAGAUUUUUAAUCAAACGAGAAUUUAAUAAUUAUGCUUUUAAUGGGUUGUAUUGCAAUAUAUUUCUAUUAAUUAAUGAGUAAUAUCCUAUUACAGAAGAAGAAUUAAAAAUUUAUGCUUAUGAAUAAUAUCCGUUAUUGUUUAAUUUAAAUGAAAUAUUUUAAUAAUAAAUAUUAUUAGAACAUCAAGAGGAGACAUUUUAUGAUAAACAAAUAUUUAAAUAAUUUGAAUUUUAGGAGAUUGAUCCAUAAUAAUAUUCAAUAUCAGGAUGGUUGAAAUUUAAUAUUCCAAUUGAAUUUAAAGAUCACAAUUUAAUUGUACGAUUAAGUCAUUCAAAAGAAAUCAAUUAAGAUUUUUUUGAUAAAAUCUUUUAUUUAAUUUAAAAUGACUAAGGAUAUUAAUUUCAAAGUUAUAAUUGCAUAGAUAAUUGUAAUAUGAUUAAUUGGAAUAUAUAAACUGAAAAUUAAGAGAAAUUAUGGCAUUUUAUUUAUAUGGCUUAUGAUACAAAUAGAAAUAAAAUUUUUUAAUUUUGGAAAUUUGAGGAGAAGGCUUUUGUUAUUCAUCAUGAGUAAAUUCAUCAUUAUUAACUUCAUGGAAUUUAUAUUAAUUUAUAAAAGGAUGAAUAUGAUCCUGGUUUUAAUGGAUAUUUAAAAAGUUGGACAUUUAAUUAUGGUGCUGGAGCAUAUUAAGAGGAUGGUUUUGAAGAUGAUUAAAUACUUCAAGCAUAGAUUGGAUUAAUAGAUUUUAAUAUACUUAAUAAGAUGGAAAUUUGGAAAUUUUAGCAAAGCAAUUUGAUAAUAGAUAUAAAUUCUAAUUAGGAUUUAUAAGAAAAUGAGAUUGAUCCAUCUUAAUUUAAAAUUGAUUCAUUUGAAUAUGGUUAUGGAUUUUGGAUGAGAUUUCUUUAUAAUAGUCCAUCAAAAAUUGAUACACUUACUAAUUAAUCUUUAGGAUUAUCAAGAUUUGGAACUACUUAAUAAUAUAAAUAUAAUAAUAAUCUUGGUGAGAGUACUCUUUCAGUUUAUUUAUAAAAUAAUCUAAUACAAUUUGAAUCUUAUAGUGUACUAGAUAAAAAAUAAAAAUAAUUUUAUAUUAAUACUCAUUUAGAUAAUGAAUGGCUAUAUUUAUAUACUGGAUAUAAGAGAAUUUAUAAAGAAUAAGGAAUUUUUCUUGGUUGUAUAUACAAUAUUAAGGGAGUUAAUAAAUGUACAAAUAGUUAAAAUGAUAUUGUACAUUAUUUAAUUGACAAUUAUCUAUUUUUUUCUAUUGGUUCAAUUGGAUCAAGAUUUUAAAAUAUAAAACAUUUUAAUGGAGAUAUUUAAGAUGCAAACUUAUAUUUUGGUAAAGAUAGUAUAAUACCAAAAUUUAACAAAUAAAAGAUAUUUCCAGAAAAUAUUAUAUCUAACAAUUGGAUUUUUAAAUAAGUUGAAUAGUUCUCAAAUGAUCGACUUAAUAAAAUGCCAUCAGAAUAUAAAUUAAAUGAUGUUGUUUCAGAAUAUGGUAUUUAAUUAUGGUUUAAGAGUAUUGGAAAAACAGAAAAUGAAUUUUAAUUUAUAUUUUUAAUGUCAACUAAUGAAUAUAGUGAUUAGAAACCAGGUGAUAUUACUUUGGGAGUUAAAAUGGAUUAAAAUAAUAAUUUAUAUUUUUUAAGCUAUUCAUUUGAUAAAGAUGAUUAUAUCUAAUUAUAAGAAAAGAAGAUAGAAAUAGAAAACGAAUAAGAUAAAAAAUAAUGGACUUAUAUAUACUUUGGACAUAAGAAACAUAUAUGUCUUUAUUUCAUAUAAACAAAAACUAAAAGAAUGAAAAAUUCAUUUGAAUGUAUUCAUCAUGCAUCUAAAUAUUUUCUUGUUUAUAAAGGAUUUGAUGGAUAAACAAAUGAUUUAUUUGGAGAUAUUGAUUAUUUUAAAAUAGAUUUUGGAUUAGGAUCAUUUUAAUCAUAAUUUCAUUAUUUGACUGAAGCAUUUAAAUAAGGUUUGAAACUCUUUCCAACUUCAUUUGAAUGGAAAGGUUAAUUUAAUAAAAUUAUUAAUAUACCAUCAAUUAAAUCAGGAUUUCAAUAAGUAUUUGUUUCUAAUUCAUAAAUCAGUAUGGAUGGUUAAAGAAAUUAUGGAUAUGGAUUCUGGUCAAGAUAUCUAAGAGAAUAUCCAGAAUUAGUAAAAUAAGAAGAUAAAGAAUAAUAUAUUUCAAUAUCAAGCUUAUAUUGUAUUUAAACUUAAAAUAGGGAACUUGAAAUUCUAUCUUUAUACAUGAGUUAAGAUAAAAAGUAAUAUAAAGUAAAAGUUUAUGAUUUAAAUACUCAAAAAUAUCAAAUUGGAACAUUCUAAUUAUUGAAUUAAUAAGAAAAUGUUUGGAAUUAUAUUUAUUUAAGUUAUAAUGCUGAUAAAUAAUAAGUUGUUGGAUUUAUUCAUCAUUAUAAAGAAAAAAGAGUUAUAAGGGUGAUUCUUAAGAAUAUAUCUCAUAAAAGUAUAAAUGGGAAAGUCAAUUUUAAUUUAGGGAAAUUUGUAAAAAUUUAUAUAUAUUAAUUAGUUAAAUUAUGAAGGAUUUAAUGGUUAGAUUAGUAAUCUUAUAAUCAGAUUUGAUGGAAAUGCUGUUGUAGAUGAUGUUUAAUAAUUCUAAAUUUUAGUUGAUUCAUCAAAAUAAAUAUAAUCUAAUGAACAAUUAUAAAUAUAUAAAUUCAUUACUCUUAAUGAAUAAUCAUAGUUUACUUAACAUAAUAUAGGUUUAAAAGAGAAUUAUUUCCCAGAAGAAUAUUCAGUUUUUGGCUGGUUUAGACCAAAUCCUAGUGAAUUAAACAAAUAAUUAAUUUAAGAUAAUGUAAUAAAAGAAGAAUAUAAAUUUGAAUAAAUUAUAUUACAAUUGAGUUCUUGUUUAGAAUAGAAUGAAGAAUAAAGAUUUAGAUUUUAAAUUAGAUUAUCUUAAAAUGGAUAUUAAUUUAUUACAUAUUCUAUAAAUGAAGAAUCACCAGCUAUUUCUUGGAUUCAAAAUAUAUUAUUAGAUGCCAACUUUGGUACUUGGUGUUAUUUUUGGAUGGGUUAUUCUUAAAAUUUAUAAUAAAUUAAUGUUUAUUUUAAGAUAAUAGAUUCUAUUGAAACAAAAGUAUUUAAUUAUAUUUAACAUCAUUUGACUAAUAAAUUUAUUUUACUUUUAAGUUCUUAAAUAUAGGAUUAUGCCUUUAAUGGAGAUUUUACAUAAAUUGGAAUGGAAGUUGGAAGUGGAUCUUUUAAAGAUAAAUCUAAUCUACCAGAAUUUGAACUUAAAUUGAUAUAAAAAGCAUAUCAAUUUAAAGAUUAUGAAGGUGAUUUUGAUAAACUAAAUAGAAUCAAUUUAAUAGAAGGUAAAAAUGAUCUUAUAGGAUCAACUUAAUAUUCUGUAUAAUUAUGGAUUAGAUGGCUUAAUGAAAUAUCAGAUGAUACUUUUCUAGAUCAAAAUAGUAUUUUUAGAUUAUCUAGAAAUUAAUUAUAUGAAAAUUGUGAUUAAUAAGGAGAUAGAACUUUAAUGGUUAUUAUUACUACAAAAUCAUAUGAAUUUAUAACAUAUAAUGUAUUAAAUGAUUAGUGUAGUGAAAGUAAAGAAAUAUCUUAUUAACAAUUAUUUGAAGGAUAAUGGAAUUUAAUUUAUUUUGCUUAUUCUAAUACUUAAGAUUUUAUGGGAGCAAAAGGUUUCGUAUACUUCUCAAAAACAGGAUAAUCUAAAUAAUUAGAAUUCAAUGUUGAGCAUUUACCAUUAACAAAUUAAGCUGUACUUACAGUAGGAUAAAGGGAAUUUUCUUAUGGAAAGUUUUUUGGAUAAAUGCAUGAUAUAUAAGUGAAGAUUGGUUAUGGUUUUGAAGAUAAUAUUAAAAACAUAUUAGAGACUACUACUAUCCCUGAAUCAGAGAUUAAUUAGUUUAAUAAACAUAAUUUAAUUUAAGCUGAAAGUAGAAUUGAUUAACUUGUCAAUAAAAAAUUUAAAUCAAUUUUAAAUUUAGAAAGAUAAUAUUCAUUAUAUGGAUGGUUUAAAUAUGAUGGAAUGACUGAAUAUGGUUAAUUCUCUAUUUUAGCAAGACUUAGUACAGAACCUUAGUUAUCAAAAAAGUUAUCUGAUUAAACAUUCUUGAUUUUAGUUAAUCAACAUACUAUAUAAUUUAAAUCUUAUAAUUUAUUACCUCAAUAUAGUACAUGUGAAGAGUCAUAUGAAAUUGUUAAAAAUUAUGAUUUUGUUUAAAAAGAAUAAUAAUAAUGGACAUUUUUUUAUAUUGGAUACAAUUUUGAUACAAAUUCAUUACAAAUAUACUUGAAAUAUAAUGAAGAUUUACAUGAUCAAUAAGAAUUACUACAAAAUAUAUAUCAUUAUUUACCCUUAUAGUUUUAUGUAUUUAUAGGAGAGGAUGAUAUUUAUUCAAAAUAUUCAGGUUUAAUAGAUGAUAUUAAUUUAUUAACUGGAUAAUCAAGUUAUAUUGAUUCGAAUAUCUAUUAGCAACUUGGUUCUCUUAAUUAAAAGUAUAUUGAAAAUGUUUUGAAAUGA